AUGUCUGGUGCAUCCGGGUCUCCCUCAGGGGCAACUAGCAAGGACACGAGACGGGGCAAAGCAGCAGCAAGGCAGUGGAACUCCUCCUGUCUGUCCUCAAGGACGUCCGUGCCGAGGGCACACUCACCCCAGAGAGAGAGAGAGAGAGAGAGAGAGAGAGAGAGAGAGAGAGAGAGAGAGAGAGAGUGGAGAGGAGAGGGAUGCGAAAUACGAAAGGGGGAGGUGAGAGAGGGAUAA